AUGAGUACUGAUCCCUACUAAUACAAGUCUCAUGUCAUCAAUGUUUCUUAUUCAGAAAUUUCACCUGACAUCCCAGAAUUCUUUACUCAUAAAAGGCAUGUAUUUAUUAUGACCAAUACAGGAAGACCCAUUUAUGUGAGAUAUGGUAAUGAAAUAAAGUCAUCCAUCUUUUUAGCAACUAUCAAUGCAAUCUUCUAAAAGUUUCUUUUAUUCUUUUUUGAAGACAAAGAAAAACAAACCUUAUUCAGGAUUUCACAUGAUAAAUGCAAUAUUUACAUUCUACAAAGAAAUUAAAUCACUUACAUUUGUACAACGAAUUCCCUCCAAGAUUCUGAAUUCAUCAUCUAUCAAAUGUUGGAUUUUCUCAAUACUUAAUUGAUAUCCAUAGUAACAGAUUAAGCGAAUGUUCAUUUAACACAAAAACCUAAUUACGACUUGGCAUUUUCUGUGGGAGGAUCCCGAAAUCUAUUAACACUGGCUGUUAAAAAUGGAUUAUAUUCUCCCUGCAUAGCAUUCAAUUCAAUCUGUACUUUGCCAAUGGCUGUCUCAUUGAGAUAGUUCAUUCACAAUAAUUUAAAGGAAAUCAAAUUGCCCAACAUCAUAGCUUCUUUGUUGUUGACGGAAACCUUCGUAAUCGACAUUUGGAGAUAGAAGAAUAUGGAGUUCAAGACCUCUGACAUCUUGAUUAUCUAAAGCAUGAUUCAAGGACAAGGCUAGUUGAAGAAGGGAGAAAACUGGAUACCCAUAUGUUUGCCAGGCUUAUCAGCCAUGGGGUUUGUGUAUGCUUACAUAAAUUUCUUUGAAAAACCAAUCGGAAUCGUAAUGAUUUCAGAUGACAACUCUUUGGACAUGUUCGAGUAAUGCAAAGAGGCAGCCCAAGUCUUGAUCCAGAAAUUCAAUUCAAACAAUCUACAAUAAACACUAUUGUCGAAUCUUCAAAACAACCCAAACACUCCAAAAUGUUUAGACAAAUACACUCAAAUCAAGCAUUUCAUUGUGAAACACAAUUCAGGAUAGGUAUACCUGCCAGUGUUUCAAGCAUUUGGAGUCAACAACAAGACUUUCAAGUUCUACAUGCAGUAAUAUGGAGAAUUGUAUAAGGAUUUCAUGAUAUCCUAAUCUCUUGGCAAUUCCGAUGCCAAAUAAAACUACUUUGUAUGGGAUUCUAAAGGGUUUGGCAUUACGCAAUAUCAUGAUGUUGUUAUCUUGUUCUGCUUUAAUGAACUGAUUGAGUUCCAAUAGAUGGUGUAGAAUGUGCACAUUCUCCAAAGGAUGUUCAGAACAGAAGAAUUAGGCUACUAUUUUGUAUUGAAACAAUCCUGA